AAGAUUUUAACGAAGACGACAUCAAUUUGACAAUAUAUUUUGAAGAAAUUACUCACUGUAAUGAGAAUAUAAAUAACACCUAUAAUAAUCUAGAACCAGUAUCUUUAAAAAAGAGUGAUUCUUUUGAUAACUUUGAUGAUGCUGAAUUUUAUGUAUGUCAAUUUGCAGAAUAUAAGGAGUUUAAAGUGAGACUUAGAUAUGUAAAAAUGAUUGAUGCUACUAAAAACAAGCAAAUUAAGAAGAGUUUGUCUUAUACUUCUAGUCAUUUCAUAGCUGAAAAGGUAGAAUUACUUAUAGAUAAUGAAUCUUUACAAAGUAAAAAUAUAGAUGAUGAGCCUGACAUAGUUUACUUGUCUGCUAAAAAAGUUUGGGGUCUUGCAUGUACUGCUGUAAAUAAAUAUAUGUUGCAUUGUGAUUAUGAAUUUGUUAAUUUAAUUGAAGUUUAUUUAGAAAAGAUUCAAGCAAAAAAAGAUGAAUUGGUUAAAGAACAAGAGGUAUUUACUAAAGGAAGGCCAAAGUCAUCAGGUUAUAAUAAGAAUGUUGUAACAACUAUACAAGAACAAAGCAAUAAGAAGUGUGAACAAUAUAUUUGUAGAUUUUGUAAACAACUGAAUUAUAAUAUUGCAACUUGUUCACAUAAAAGAAAAGAGUCAAUUUGGGAAUUAUUGUUAUAA